AUGCCCAGCAAUAUGUUUAUCCAAGCUGAUAAGAAGAAGAGAUUGUCGUUGGAUGUUAUCGGGCAACUAGAAGAUGAUUUAGAGGCUGAUCCAUUGGAUUAUAACAAAUGGAAUAAAUUAAUCCAACAGGUCCUUGCUAAGGAUAAAGAGGAGCAAGUGAAGUCUGUGUUUAACAAAUAUUUGAAUAUUUUCAAUUUUGACCAAUGGUGUAAUUAUAUCAACUACCAAUUGAAUAGAGGUGAAUUUCAAGAAGUUGAACAAUUAUUCUCGAAAUGCCUUCCUAUAACUGAUCACGUUGAAUUGUGCCGCCUAUAUGUUUCGUACGUCCGUCGUACCAAUGAUGUGAUUACUGGAGGAGAAAAAGCUCGUGGUAUUGUGGUUCAGGCUUUUGAAUUCGCAGUUACUAAAGUUGGUAUAGAUAUAAGUAGUGGUGAUUUAUGGAAUGAUUAUUUGGAUUUCUUAAAGGCGUGGACGCCGGCGGCAACUUGGGAACAACAACAGAAGACAGACUUGAUAAGGAGAGUCUAUAAGAGGUUUUUAGUAAUCCCAACAGAGAAAAUAGAACAAGUCUGGUCCACAUAUACAAAAUGGGAAAAUGAAGUUAAUGCUUCUUCCGCUAAUAAAUUCAUUGCAGAAAAAUCGAGUGAAUUUAUGGAUGCUAGAUCGUGGAAUACAGAAUGGCAUAAUGCAACCGAAAGGCUGUUACGUAGAGAAGUUAUACCUAUUGGAAUCCAUAAUGAUAAUAACAAUUUAGUACAUACUCAACUUCAAUUAUGGUACAAGUGGAUUGCUCUUGAACGGGAAAAUAAGUUGAAUUUAAAAGACGAUUCUUCGGUUCAGCAAAGAAUCGAAUAUGUCUAUAAACAAGCAAUUAUGGCUUUGCCAUUUGUUCCAGAAUUGUGGUUUAAAUUUAAUAAGUUUUGGUUGCGCAGUAACGAAGAAGCUAAUUCUAAUAAAUGCAUUGAACUUUUAAACGAAGCUUUAGUAUUAAACCCUAGAAGUUACUUAUUAACUUUUCAAUUAUCAGAAAUGUAUGAAAAAGAUAACACUAUUAAUAAAGCCACAGAAACUUACGAUAAUUUAAUAACCUUUUUAACAAACGAUUAUAACAAUAUAAACAAUCAAAUUGAAUCAAUUACAAACAGAGAACUUAAUAAUAAAAAACAAGAAGAGAAUACUGGAGAAGAGAAUAAUAAUGAAAACGAUGAUAGUGACAAUGAUGACAACGACGAUGAUGAUAGUUUUAAAAACCCCACAUUCCAGCUUAGUGAAGAGGAUGCUUUACUUUUAUCAAAAUUACAGGAAAAGAAAGAUGAAUUGAACAAGGCAAUAACUUUGGUUUACACAAAAUUGAUGAUGGCUUGCAAAAGAUCAAGGGGUAUUAAGGAAGCCCGUGGUGUAUUUAAACAAGCAAGAAACAAUUUUGAAGCUAUAGGGUAUGAAUUUUACGUUGAGAACGCUCUAAUGGAGUAUCAUUCGGAUAACUUGAAGACAGCCAGUAAAAUUUUUGAAUUGGGAAUGAAACAUUUCAAAAAACAAGGUGAGUUCUUAUUAGCAUAUUUAGACUUCUUAAUUAUGAUCAAUAAGGGUGAAAGUAUUAAGGUUUUGUUCGAACAAGGUUUGACAGCUCUAUUGCAAGAUGUGAAUAUUGAAAACGAGAAUCUGAAUGGUGAUAUUACUUCAGGCGCUAAUAUGAGGUUACAAGAGAGUAAAAGUAAGGAGAAUAUCAAAAAGAAGAAUUGCAUUAAGAAAUUAAUCAAGAAGUUUUCGAGAUACCAGAGUGUGUAUGGAGAUUUAGACUUGAUUAAAAGUUUGGAUAGUAGAUAUGAAGAAUAUUUCCCAGAUGAUGACUCUAUAGAAUUAUUUAGUGACAGAUACCGUGGUCAUUCUAUCGAUGUAAUUAAACAUUUCGAUUUAGGGAAAGAAGAUACUAGUCAUGAAGAAAUCGAUACCACCGCUCAAGAGACGAAGAGACGGAAGAUUCAGAAUCCUACAGUAGAUGAAUUUACUCCGGAAGUUUCGAAUAACAAUAAUCAACAUACCAACAAUAAAGAUGCUGUACAAAAUCAGCAACAACCCCAGAAUUUUGUUGGUAAUACGAUCUACAAUUUGCUUCGUGUAUUGCCUAACUCAUCGUAUUUUGGUCCACCUUCAGAUCACCUAUUCAAUAAUACUAAACUAGUCGAGCUUUUCGGCAAUUUACCAAAUGUACCUACUGAAUAG